AUGGGUGGGGUUGGGGAUGGUCGCAUGGGGGAUGGUGGGAAAGGGUUUUGCGGGCUAGAGGGAGGAAUGGGGUGGGCUGGCAGGUCACAUGCUGGGAGGGAAGAGGUGGGGGAGGGGGGAGAGGCUGAUGUGGGAGGGGUGGAGGGAGAUGAGGAUGAAGAGGUGGUUGAGGGGAGUGUGGUGGGGAGUGUGGAGGGGAGUGUGGAGCGAGACAGGAUGAGGAGGAGGAGGAGGGAGGAGGAGGAGGAGGAGGAGGAGGAGGAGGAGGAGGAGGAGGAGGAGGAGGAGGAGGAGGAGGAGGAGGAGGAGGAGGAGGAGGAGGAUAAGGAUAGUGCGAUGGGCCUCGCAGCCGCUAUUGAGGCGCCUCAGAAUGUAACGGGCAUCGGCACGAAUCCACGGAACGGCCCGCCGCCUCCUCGGUGCUACGCCCGGCGGCUUCCGCCUCGCCUGGCGCAGCGGAAUGCCGCGGAGAGUGAGGAAGGAGAGGAUGAUGAUGUGGUGGAAGUUCCAAUAGGGGACAAUAGGGCGAAGGAGCCGUUGGGAGAGGGAAGAAGAGGGAAGGAGGGAAGAGAACCGGGACGAGGAGGAAAGCAUGGGGGAGGAGGAAAGGAGGGGGGAAGAGAGGGGAGGAGGAGAGAGGAGCGAGGAGAAGAGGGACGAGGAGGAAAGGAUGGGGGAGGAAAGAAGGGUGGAGGAGGAAAGAAGGGUGGAGGAGGAAAGAAGGGCGGAGGAGGAAAGAAGGGCGGAGGAGGAAAGAAGGGCGGAGGAGGAAAGAAGGGCGGAGGAGGGAAGAAGGGCGGAGGAGGAAAGAAGGGCGGAGGAGGAAAGAAGGGCGGAGGAGGGAAGAAGGGCGGAGGAGGAAAGAAGGGCGGAGGAGGAAAGAAGGGAGGAGGAGGAAAGAAGGGCAGAGGAGGAAAGAAGGGCGGAGGAGGAAAGAAGGGUGGAGGAGGAAAGAAGGGCGGAGGAGGAAAGAAGGGAGGAGGAGGAAAGAAGGGCGGAGGAGGAAAGAAGGGCGGAGGAGGAAAGAAAGGCGGAGGAGGAAAGAAGGGCGGAGGAGGAAAGGAGGGCGGAGGAGGAAAGAAGGGCAGAGGAGGAAAGAAGGGUGGAGGAGGAAAGAAGGGCGGAGGAGGGAAGAAGGGCGGAGGAGGAAAGAAGGGCGGAGGAGGAAAGAAGGGAGGAGGAGGAGGAAAGAAGGGUGGAGGAGGGAAGAAGGGCGGAGGAGGAAAGAAGGGCGGAGGAGGAAAGAAGGGCGGAGGAGGAAAGAAGGGCAGAGGAGGAAAGAAGGGUGGAGGAGGAAAGAAGGGCGGAGGAGGGAAGAAGGGCGGAGGAGGAAAGAAGGGCGGAGGAGGAAAGAAGGGAGGAGGAGGAGGAAAGAAGGGCGGAGGAGGAAAGAAGGGUGGAGGAGGUAAGAAGGGAGGAGGAGGAAAGAAGGGCGGAGGAGGAAAGAAGGGCGGAGGAGGAAAGAAGGGCGGAGGAGGAAAGAAGGGCGGAGGAGGAAAGAAGGGCGGAGGAGGAAAGAAGGGCGGAGGAGGAAAGAAGGGCGGAGGAGGAAGAAGGGCGGAGGAGGAAAGAAGGGCGGAGGAGGAAAGAAGGGCGGAGGAGGAAAGAAGGGCGGAGGAGGAAAGAAGGGCGGAGGAGGAAAGAAGGGCGGAGGAGGAAAGAAGGGCGGAGGAGGAAAGAAGGGCGGAGGAGGAAAGAAGGGGCGGAGGAGGAAAGAAGGGCGGAGGAGGAAAGAGGGCGGAGGAGGUAAGAAGGGAGGAGGAGGAAAGAAGGGCGGAGGACGAAAGAAGGGCGGAGGAGGAAAGAAGGGCGGAGGAGGAAAGAAGGGCGGAGGAGGAAAGAAGGGCGGAGGAGGAAAGAAGGGAGGAGGAGGAAAGAAGGGCGGAGGAGGAAAGAAGGGCGGAGGAGGUAAGAAGGGCGGAGGAGGAAAGAAGGGCGGAGGAGGAAAGAAGGGGCGGAGGAGGAAAGAAGGGCGGAGGAGGAAAGAAGGGCGGAGGAGGAAAGAAGGGCGGAGGAGGAAAGAAGGGCGGAGGAGGAAAGAAGGGAGGAGGAGGAAAGAAGGGCGGAGGAGGAAAGAAGGGCGGAGGAGGAAGAAGGGUGGAGGAGGAAAGAAGGGCGGAGGAGGAAAGAAGGGCGGAGGAGGAAAGAAGGGCGGAGGAGGAAAGAAGGGCGGAGGAGGAAAGAAGGGCGGAGGAGGAAAGAAGGGCGGAGGAGGAAAGAAGGGCGGAGGAGGAAAGAAGGGCGGAGGAGGAAAGAAGGGCGGAGGAGGAAAGAAGGGCGGAGGAGGAAAGAAGGGCGGAGGAGGAAAGAAGGGCGGAGGAGGAAAGAAGGGCGGAGGAGGAAAGAAGGGUGGAGGAGGAAAGAAGGACGGAGGACGAAAGAAGGGCGGAGGACGAAAGAAGGGCGGAGGAGGAAAGAAGGGCGGAGGAGGAAAGAAGGGCCGGAGGAGGAAAGAAGGGCGGAGGAGGAAAGAAGGGCGGAGGAGGAAAGAAGGGUGGAGGAGGGAAGAAGGGCGGAGGAGGAAAGAAGGGCGGAGGAGGAAAGAAGGGCGGAGGAGGAAAGAAGGGCGGAGGAGGGAAGAAGGGCGGAGGAGGAAAGAAGGGCGGAGGAGGUAAGAAGGGAGGAGGAGGAAAGAAGGGCGGAGGAGGAAAGAAGGGCGGAGGAGGAAAGAAGGGCGGAGGAGGAAAGAAGGGCGGAGGAGGAAAGAAGGGCGGAGGAGGAAAGAAGGGCGGAGGAGGAAAGAAGGGCGGAGGAGGAAAGAAGGGCGGAGGAGGAAAGAAGGGCGGAGGAGGAAAGAAGGGCGGAGGAGGAAAGAAGGGCGGAGGAGGAAAGAAGGGGCGGAGGAGGAAAGAAGGGCGGAGGAGGAAAGAAGGGCGGAGGAGAAGGGCGGAGGAGGAAAGAAGGGCGGAGGAGGAAAGGAGGGUGGAGGAGGAAAGAAGGGAGGAGGAGGAAAGAAGGGAGGAGGAGGAAAGAAGGGCGGAGGAGGAAAGAAGGGUGGAGGAGGAAAGAAGGGUGGAGGAGGAAGGAAGGGUGGAGGAGGAAAGAAGGGUGGAGGUGGAAACAAGGGUGGAGGAGGAAAGGAGGGUGGAGGAGGAAAGGAGGGUGGAGGAGGAAAGGAGGGUGGAGGAGGAAAGGAGGGUGGAGGAGGAAAGGAGGGUGGAGGAGGAAAUGAGGGUGGAGGAGGAAAGGAGGGUGGAGGAGGAAAGGAGGGUGGAGGAGGAAAGGAGGGUGGAGGAGGAAAGGAGGGUGGAGGAGGAAAGUAGGGUGGAGGAGGAAAGGAGGGUGGAGGAGGAAAGGAGGGUGGAGGAGGAAAGGAGGGUGGAGGAGGAAAAGGAGGGUGGAGGAGGAAAGGAGGGUGGAGGAAAGGGGGGAGGAAGGGGGGGCAUGGAGAGGAGAAGGAAGCAACUUUUAUUAGUGGAGAAGAUGGAAGGAGAGGGGAGGAGAGGGAAGAGGAGGGAAUGA